AUGCCCAUCAGUGUCCUGCUGGGUGAGAACAAUGGGCUUAUUAGGAGUUUUUACAGCGAACAGGCGAGAGCUUCAGUUGCUCCCAAGGACACAGUCUUCUACAGUUUCCUGAGGCCGUGGCUGGGGGAUGGCCUCUUGCUGGGUGCUGUUGACAAGUGGAGCCUCCACUGUCGCAUGCUGACCCCUGCCUUCCAUUUCAACAUCCUGAAGGCCUAUGUGAAGAUUUUUAAUGACAGCACCAAUAUCAUGCAUGCCAAGUGGCAGCACCUAGCCUCCAAGGGCAGUUCCCUUCUGGACAUGUUUGAACACAGCAGCCUCAUGACCCUUGACAGUCUGCAGAAGUGUGUCUUCGGCUUCAACAGCAAUUGCCAGGAGAAGCCUAGUGAAUACAUUUCUGCCAUCUUGGAACUUAGUGUCCUCGUGGUCAGAAGACACCAGAAGCUUCUUCUGCACUUGGACCUGUUCUAUCACCUCACCAAUGAUGGGAUGCGCUUCAGGAAGGCCUGCCGCCUAGUGCAUGACUUCACCGGCGUCAUACGGGAGCGGCGCCGCGCCCUCCCUGACCAGGGUGGUGAUGAAGCUCUCAAGGCCAAGGCUAAGACUUUGGACCUCAUUGAUGUGCUGCUGCUGAGCAAGGAUGAACAUGGAAAGGCGCUGUCUGAUGAAGACAUCUGAGCAGCCAACACCUUCAUGUUUGGAGGCCAUGACACCACAGCCAGUGGUCUCUCCUGGGUCCUGUACAACCUGGCGAGGCACCCAGAGUACCAGGAGCACUGCUGGCAGGAGAUGCGGGAGCUCUUGAGGGACCGUGAGCCUGAGGAGACUGAAUUGGACCACCUGGCCCAGCUGCCCUUCUUGGCCACGUGCAUCAAGGAGAGCCUGCGGCCGCAUCCUCCGGUCACUGCAAUCUCGCACUGCUGCACUCAGGACAUUGUGCUUCCAGAUGGCCGGGUCCUCCCUGAAGGUGUCAUCUGCCGAGUAAGUAUCUUCCGGACACAUCAUCCAGCUGUGUGGCCGGACCCAGAGGAGCUGCACAGGACAAACUUUCACCCUGAGCGAGAUGAAGGUGGAGCUGGCGCUGACACUGCUGCGUGCAGGGACCCCACACCUGGCCAGGGACCGCCCCAGCCGCCUGGCAUCCUCAGGAAUAAAAGUCUUUGUCACCGGCCUCUGAGCCUCUUCACAUCAGGGGGGCGCGGGGACCCAGUGAGAUGCAGAAUCAGCUCUCCCCAUCGUCACUACUCCAUUGCUGUGAAGAGGUACCGUGACCAAGGCAAUGUAGAGAUUGUGGGCUCGCAGUUCUGGAGCGAGCCUAAGCUGCUUUUACAGGGAGUAGUCAAUAGAGAUGGACAGCUGGCCAGAGUGCGGAGGCUAGGACCGAAGGCUCCCCCCAAACAGCACGUCAGUAGUCAGACAUCCACCCGCGAGGCCCAGGGCCCAUCUCAGAACAGGAUACAGAAAGAAUGCAAGAGUGGAGAAGAGAGCUGUGAAAUGCCAUAUUCUGGACAGGCCCUGGCCAUCGUGAUCAUUAUUCACAGCAGCUGUUUUCACCUGCACAAGACUAAGCCAGUCAAAAUCCCAACAGACAUGUGA